UCUGGAGGACGACAAGCAGUGAGUGUGUUUUUUUUUUUGACGAACUUACAAACGGCUUUGUUGUUUUAAAAAAAAACGUCUUAUUGGCUGAAAUUGUGUGAACUCUAGCUAUUUCAAAGUACGCACUCCGUUGACAAUACCCAUAGCAAGUCGCGAAGCUAGCAAGAACGUCUCCAUAGGCUUACAACGUGCACAACAUAUUUGGGGUGAUUUUAUUUUCUCUUUUAUCUUUACUUCGACAAACCUAUCAGCCAUAUACUGCAAGCAUUGUUUUUUUCUUUUCGUGCGUAUACAUUUUGUGUUACGAGCGGCUGCAUGCAUGUAACUAUUCGUUUACAAUCGCUUGAGAAGCCAAUGUUGAUGUUUGGACGGAUGAGCUCGAAAUGAAAUAAAACGAGGAUGGAAGUGGCUCUUAAAGGACGGGCCAAGAGAAAGCAUUUAAAUGCAGAGGAACUGGAGAAAAGCCAAAUUGGUCACGAAGCCCUCACCAACCCUCAAGAUACAAGCAGAAACCCGAGUAGUACUUCUUACCUAAACCCAAGGGCAACUACAAAAAGACAGAAAUGCGUGACCGGCACAAAUGGAGGACACGAAAACGUGGUCACUUUGGAUGAGAACGACGGCGACUUGUCGCCGUCAUACUUUGAGGAUGAGCUUGAAAAUGAGAAUAUUGACUACUUGGAAGGGAUAACCGCCGAGAUGUUCGCAGACGAUUUAGACUUCUCAGAGAAGCUGGUACAGGAUGAACCCGAAGUGGAACCCAUGCCCGACGCAGCCUACGGGCUCUUAGGCUGCAGUAAGCAUCUGCUGCAACCUUGCGGCCGUGUGGACGACCUACCGGAGGAAGUGCUGUGGCAGGUCCUCAGCCUCAUUCCCGCUCGAGACAUGUACAGGAGUGCCGUACUAGUGUGCCGCCGCUGGCGCAACGUGAUUGAAGACACCAACUUUAUGCCCUACAAGAAAAAGUACUUUCGCUACAUGAUGCGGGAAGAAGCUACAACGGCGGAGGUCACGUCCUUGUUGAACCAGAUGAGCGACACCAAUCCAAUAAUGACACACAACCUGGUCAUCAUGAUGGCAAACCACCAGUUUGGCAAGAGGGUGAAUCCGGAGAAGGUUCUGGAGCGUGUGAAGAAGCAUCGUUUUUACCCUCAAGCGGAGGCGUCCCUCCAAUUACACAUUCGGAAUGUCCCGAAAUGCCCGAAUCUUCAAAUUGAGAAUGGCCCAAACCCGUUUGCCGCCAUGGCGGUGAUACUGCUCCUCAGCGAGAGUGUUGACGACAUCCUAGCGUUGGUGGAUCUGUUGAACGGCACUAUGUCGAGUGGGGCCGUCACAGAGUACCUCAGCCACGCGGCCAUGUUGUUGCUCGCCGCCAGGCGGAACAAAACUACACUAAUGCCAAAUGAACGCCGAGUACAGGAAAACGACUCUUUCGUUAGCGAAAGGUUGCAUUACAACGUCUACUAUGUGCUUCACUUGAGGGAGAACGGCCCGUUUUCUGUUUGCUCCUCGGAAGAUAGCAAUUCGCGCUUGCAAAUGACCGGCGAACAGCAGCAGAUCCUCAGCCACGACAUUCAGAAAGACCACGUGAUGAAGAUUGUCGCUUUUGCAGGCACGGGAAAGACAACCACACUAAUCAAGUACGCCGAGCAGCGACCGCAUCUCCGCUUUUUGUACGUCGCCUUCAACAAGUCAGUGGCGAAGGAGGCCUCGCAACGUUUCCCGUCCAACGUAGACUGCAAGACCAUCAACUCGCUGGCCUACAGAGACAUCGGAAGAAGGUACCAAAAGAAGCUGGCGUUUAAUUUGAACACAUUUUCCCUCAAUGCGGUUCUACCCAAAGGCCGAGGUGGGUUCCUCAAGGCUAAAAUAGUGCUCCAGACGCUCCAAAACUUCUUGUCGUCAGUCGAUCCCGCCAUCGGUCUGAAACACGUGCCGAGUGUUCAAGUACGUCUUCGAGGGUCUGUGAAUUACAUCAACGAAAGCGAAAAAGCAUUGUACUUGGAAGAUGCCGAAACAAUUUGGAUGAAAAUGAAGGACCCCAAAGUAACAAACGUUAACGGCUACUUCAUGACUCACGAUGGAUAUGUUAAAUUAUGGCAGCUCCAAAACCCAAAAGUCUGCCUCUCCGACCAAUACGACAUCAUUUUCCUGGAUGAAGCCCAAGACUGCACUCCGACUAUCAUGGACGUUCUGUUGCAUCAAAAAUGCGGCAAAAUUCUGGUUGGAGAUCCGCAUCAGCAGAUUUACACCUUCAGAGGAGCCAUUAAUGCGUUGCAAACAGUGGAGCACACGCAUAUAUACUACCUCACACAGAGUUUCCGCUUCGGCUCAGAGAUCGCGUUUGUGGGCGCUAGCAUCCUCACUAUGUGCAAGAAUGUGGAAAAAAUUUUAGUCGGGGGAAGACAGAAAGGCGGCGUACUGGAUGAAAAGUCGGCCCAAGCCCAACAGGAAAUAAUUGAAGGCAAAAGUCUCAGCAAGGGAUCCACCGCCAUCUUGUUCAGGAGUAAUUUAGGCGUGUUCAGCGAAGCCGUGCGCCUGAUCAAGGCCAACAACAAGUGCAACAUCCACUUCGUGGGCGGUGUGGACAAGUUGGGUUUGAGCAAGAUCAUGGACAUUUGGUACCUAAAGCAAGGCAACUACAAACGGAUCAAGGACCGGCAAAUUGUUUUUUUUGCCAGAUCUCCAGAAAGCAACUACUUAAAGCUGAAGACCUACGCUGAUAUAACCGAGGACCGCGACUUGGAGGCUAAGCUCUGCUUUGUGGAAAAAUACGAUGCUCUCGUUCCGAUGUUGGUGAAUCUUAUUAAGAAGCACUCGGAGGAAAACAUGAAAAAUGCAGACUUCAUACUUGGUACGGUCCACAAAGCAAAAGGCCUUGAAUUUAAAAAUGUGGCAGUCGGUGAAGACUUUGUCAAGGUUUCAAAACCAAGACACCAAGUCACGUCGGUUGACUUCGUUGCCAGAAGUAGAGUCCCCUCCGAUGAAUGGAACCUGCUCUACGUAGCGGUGACUCGUGCUAAAAGAGCACUGGUCAUCACAAGAGACAUCCGCUGCAUCAUAACUUGGACUGGCGAAUACUUCUUGAAGUCAGUCCCGCCUUUGACAGGAGGUUUUUCGGCAAUAUGCAGCACUUCCUACUGUCCCAACUGUGUGACGCCGGGUGCUGCCUUCAUGAUGUGCAAGAGACUAAUCAAAUAUAGAACCGGCGUGUCUUACGGAGGCCCUCUGUGCGAGAAAUGCGUGUUGACUCGCGUGGGUUCGGUGGCCUAUCUCAUGACGGAGGGGAUUCUAUCCAUGGCUUGAGCUCAGGACAGGACGUACAACUUCAAUGUUGUAUUGUCAGUGGGGCUCGUUUUUGUAUAGUAAGUUUGAAGAGGGUCUGUUUCCAGAUCAUUUUUCUUACACAUAUUGUUGUAAUAGCAGCGUAAUUUGUUGUAAAAGCAUCAUACUUCGGGGCGAAUAAAGUAUUUACCAGAAGGACGAUGUGUUGCAGCAUUUGUUUAGCUUUGGAAGCAUUCCGCUGAGGCGUAAUCAUCUGACAACAUCUGGACGAGAAAAAUGUGCUCCAGAAUAACAAUGUGGAAAUUCCGGAUGAAUUGAAUAAACAUUUAUUAUGGUUGCAGUUUGCACAUUCAACAAUGACAAGCGUAAAAUGUUUGAUAACAGUUGUAUAAAAAAAAAAAACAA